UAUGAAAUCUUGGACGGAUGAUACAAAAACACGUGUUCUUUUGCAUUUAAACCGUGUAAGUAACGAGUCAUUUAAGUGAAUUCGCGAAACGUUAGAGUAGGUAGGUAAAGUAGUGCGAAACGCGGCCAGGAAAAGCGUCGUUUCGCGUAAGUUAAGAAGCGUUAUAGGAGCAUUUAUGUGUAUGAUUGAAGGGAAAGUGGUGAAGUAGCCGAGCGGCCAUUUUAUGUUAGUAUGACGUAGAGGCUGGGUGUAGCUUCGCGUUCAACCGUCCGUGUUCUUUUGGAAAAAGGCGAGAAAAUCUGAAUUCUGAUGCUGGGGUCCAGGUAAAUGCACGUACCACGCGCUGAACGUGUGAUCCGUAAAUAUAAGCACGAGGGACGUAAGGAUAUUAGUUAAAUAAGGAAGUACACAUAGGGGGUACUGAGAAGAGCGAGCAUGAGCGAAGAAAGCAAUCCACGAACGCUCUAUGUGGGUAAUUUAGACGCUUCGGUGUCCGAGGAACUUUUGUGCGCACUUUUCUCGCAAAUAGGUGCCGUGAAAGGAUGCAAGAUUAUACGAGAACCAGGAAACGAUCCGUAUGCUUUCGUCGAAUUCACGAAUCAUCAGUGCGCGGCUACGGCGCUAGCCGCCAUGAACAAGCGAUCCUUCCUGAAUAAGGAAAUGAAGGUUAACUGGGCAACGAGCCCUGGAAAUCAGCCGAAGUUGGACACCAGUAAUCAUCAUCACAUAUUCGUUGGCGAUUUAUCGCCAGAGAUCGAAACGCAAACAUUAAAAGAAGCGUUCGCGCCAUUUGGCGAAAUUAGCAACUGUAGAAUCGUACGCGAUCCACAAACUAUGAAGAGCAAAGGGUACGCCUUUGUGUCUUUCGUGAAAAAGUCUGAAGCUGAAGCGGCGAUCGCGGCGAUGAACGGACAGUGGCUUGGAUCCAGAAGCAUCAGGACAAAUUGGUCCACCAGGAAACCACCGCCACCAAGAUCCGAAAGGCCACGACAUUCAAACAAUAGUAAACCUAACUACGAAGAGGUAUAUAAUCAAAGUAGUCCAACCAAUUGUACGGUAUAUUGCGGAGGUUUUACGAAUGGUAUUACGGAUGAUUUGAUAACCAAAACUUUUUCACCAUUUGGCACCAUUCAAGACAUAAGAGUAUUCAAAGAUAAAGGAUACGCGUUUAUCAAAUUUACUACUAAGGAAGCGGCAACACAUGCUAUAGAAUCAACACAUAAUACAGAAAUUAACGGUAGUAUUGUUAAAUGUUUCUGGGGAAAGGAGAACGGAGAUCCUAAUAGCGUUGGCCCAAACGCGAAUCACCAAGCUCAACAGGUUACAGCUGGUGCUGGUCAGUAUGCAUAUGGAUACGGCCAGCAAAUGAGUUACUGGUAUCCACAAGGGUAUCCACAAAUGCAGGGUCAGUUUUUACAACCUGCUCAAUACUACGGUCAAUAUUACGGACAACAGGCUCAAUAUAUGAAUAGUAUGCGAAUGCCUGCUCCUGCUUCAGGCACAUGGCAAACUGUACCAGCAACCGCUGCCCCACCGACUGCGACUGCACCAUUGCCACCAGGUCAGCAACCUACCAUGGUAGCAUAUACCAUGCCACAAUAUCCUACGCAAUGAAAUUGAUCAUUGAUUGGCAUCAACUAAUUGUUACAUAUGAUACAUUUGCCCUUGGGGGCUUCUGCAAAAACUCUUCUGUCAUAUACCUAUUCCAACAAAUUUAUUGGUAUUUUGACUGCAGCAUCAUAUGUACAAAUUUCCCAGUUUUACUUCAAACUGAAGUACUACAUUGUAAAGAAAGCUCCUAAAUUUGAUUGUCCCGAUACUGACUGACAUUGAAUCGCUCUUGUUGUAAAGAACUACUCCAUCGAAAGUUCAAAGUGAUACAUAUAUAUAUUCAUAUAUAUAUACAUACACAUGAAUAUAUAUUUCCUUUAUACGUUUCCCUUGCCAAACAAUAGGAACGUAUAACACUUCAACAAAUGCAAGGUCAUCUUGCAGUGCUCAUUAAUAAAUUAAAAAGCAGAUCUAUCAUAGCAGUCAAUCCAUCAGUGUAAUCGAAUAAUCAUUUCAAAAACGAUUUAUACCCAUGGCGUUGAUCGAGGUAUAUCUCUGAACUUAAGGUUGCAGCCCCUUGACGAGCCCUGCAUUCGUUGCGCUGCGUAAGGUGUACGUAUGUAUGCAACCAUUGCGUUGUUAUAUUUUAAUAUUUUUGCCACAAUUACCAAUUUUUAGUUUAUUUCAAAUCAUCGAUGAACAAAGAUAAAAAUGUUCAUUUAUGAUAAACACGAGGUACGACAUUGAACAUAGUAUAAGAUAGAGAGUAUAGGUAGACGGCGCCUGUGAUGUAGCUAGAUUUGGAUGCAUGCUUUGACGUAUGCAGGGCCCUUAAUAAAAUAAACUGUGCGAGUCGGUAAACGAGUUGUAAACUUUCCUCGUUAUGUGAUAUUUAUCGUCGGUGGUAAAUGUAUAAAAAAAAACUUUCUUACGAAGAAUUUUAAAGAUAAUAUUCUAAGAAGUGUGUUGAAGAUAAAAUGUUUUUAUGUUGGACUUGACUUAAUUUCGAUGCAAAGUGUUUACGUGCGCUCCAGUGACUCUUCUCCAUUUGUACAGGGAAAUGGUAAACCUUGGUGUAAUUAUUACAACGUAAUUUAAGUAUUAAUGCUAAUGAUAAAAACUUCCACUAAGAGAUGGAGUCACUAUUGUUCAACCCCCCUUUUUUUUUUUAAUUUGUAUACUGAAAGUUGGUAUUAUGUUUACUUAGAUAUACAUAUACUAUAGAAUAACAAAAAUUUAUUGCCUCGUAACUAUCAGUUAUCAAUUGACAAUCACCCUUGAUAUUAUCUAAUGAUUUGACGUUUGUACUGUCACACGGCACGAUGUUUACGCUUUCGUGUCUUCCGGUUAACAUGUAGUAGAAAUGUAUUGCACACUUCGAAUAUAAUUUCAUUCUGUAAGUUUCAGUAAAGUUAGCUUUAAUUAUUUAUUUUUCUUAACAAAUUUGAUCGCCAUUCUUACUGAGUUCUCGCGAAGUUAAUAAAUUGCGUGGUAUCGAUAGAGGUAAAGGAAUUGGAGUGAAUUUAGAGUAAAAGAAUAUUUCGCUUCACCACCGACGAUAAAAAGCCAUAAAACCUUUAAAAACUCAUUUGUAUAAAGUCAGUACUGUACGUAAUAACAGAAGAAACACAAAGUCGAACAUAGCAAUGAUUAAUUGACUGCGAUAAGUGAUAUCGAACGAUGGAGAGCCAAUUUGAGAAAAAAAAUCUUGUCUAU